ACAACAGAACCACCCUGUUCUGCAUCGGUUGGUUGCGUCCCGCACUUGCUGGUGGUGAGAGUAUCAUUCAGUCUCCGCCCCUCUUUGCGCGUUCCCCUGGCUGUAGGACAGAAGCGCGCCCCCGAUUCUUGCUUACAGUCCGUCUGACAGGGGGAAGGCGCUGCGGGUCCGGGGUGCUGCAAGGUGUAGGGGGAGGUACAGAUGGGCCAUGGAAGGCAGGUACCCCUGUCAUGAUGUGAGCUGCACCCUAUGUAAGACUGUCCCGGUCGGAAGGAGGAGGUGGAGACACAAUAACCCUGCUCUGCAGCCUGGCACCAGCAGCGAUAUGGAGUUGAAGACUUACAAUGUAUACAGUGAGACAAGCGGUCUGGAGGAUAAUGGACAUUAAGACUAUGGGUUUGUGUCGUUUCUGCACUCUUUGAAGUUGUUCUUGCGUUGGACUACACAAUCAGAAAAGCAAUGGCCUCUUUCACCCCUUGGAAACUGUCCUCCCAGAAGCUGGGCUUCUUCCUGGUAACUUUUGGCUUUAUUUGGGGCAUGAUGUUGUUGCAUUUCACUAUACAACAGCGGACUCAGCAUGAAAGCAGCUCAGUGCUCCGAGAACAGAUUUUGGAUCUCAGCAAGAGAUAUAUCAAAGCACUGGCAGAGGAAAACAGGAAUGUAGUGGAUGGUCCAUAUGUCGGGACCAUGACUGCAUAUGAUCUUAAAAAGACUCUGGCUGUGCUGCUCGACAAUAUUCUACUGCGGAUUGGCAAACUGGAGUCAAAGGUGGAUAAUCUUGUGAUUAAUGGAACUGGAGCAAACUCUACAAACAGCAGCACCACAGCCAUUCCCAGCACUGGAGCUGGGGAGAAACUGAACGUAGCUGAUAUCAUAAAUGGGGCCCAGGAACAGUGUGAAUUGCCUCCCAUGGAUGGCUACCCUCAUUGUGAGGGAAAGGUCAAGUGGAUGAAAGAUAUGUGGCGAUCAGAUGUUUGCUACGCUACCUAUGGCGUUGACGGAACCACCUGCUCGUUUUUUAUUUACCUCAGUGAGGUUGAAAACUGGUGCCCCCGACUGCCGUGGAGAGCUGUGAAUCCUAAUGAAGAAGCAGAUAGAAAGAAUCUGGCUGAAAUCCGUACAGAUUUUGACGAUCUGUAUAAAGUCAUGGCAAAACACGAGGAAUUUCGUUGGAUGACUCUGCGAAUCAGGAGGAUGGAUGACACUUGGAUAGAAGCCAUCAAGUCAUUGGCAAAGAAGCAGAAUCUGGAGAAGCAGAAGAGAAAAAAGAUCCUCAUUCAUCUUGGGUUGCUGACAAAGGAAUCCGGAUUCAAGAUUGCCGAAAAUGCAUUUAGUGGUGGCCCUCUCGGAGAAUUAGUGCAGUGGAGUGACUUAAUUACAUCGCUUUACUUACUGGGCCAUGAUGUGAGGAUUUCUGCUUCAAUAGCCGAGCUGAAAGAGAUAAUGAAGAAAGUGGUAGGAAACAGGUCUGGUUGCCCUACACAAGGAGACAAAGUGGUGGAACUCAUUUACAUUGAUAUAGUGGGACUCUCACAGUUCAAAAAGACUCUAGGCCCAUCCUGGGUUCAUUACCAGUGCAUGCUGCGUGUUCUUGAUUCCUUUGGAACGGAGCCAGAGUUUAACCACGCCCACUACGCGCAGUCAAAAGGCCACAAAACUCCUUGGGGCAAAUGGAACCUUAAUCCUCAGCAGUUCUACACCAUGUUCCCUCAUACUCCAGACAACAGCUUUCUGGGUUUCGUGGUGGAGCAGCACCUGAACGCCAGCGACAUCCGACACAUGAAUGACAUCAAACGGCAAAACCAAUCUCUGGUCUACGGCAAGGUGGAUAACUUCUGGAAGGACAAGAAUACCUACCUGGAUAUCAUCCACACUUACAUGGAGGUCCAUGGCACUGUGCAUGAGAAAGGAACCAUUUAUUUGCCCAAUUAUGUCAAGAACCACGGCAUCCUCAGCGGCCGAGACUUGCAGUUUCUCCUCCGGGAAACAAAAUUGUUUGUAGGCCUGGGCUUCCCAUACGAAGGGCCGGCUCCUCUAGAAGCAAUUGCCAAUGGCUGUGCUUUUCUCAACCCCAAAUUCAAUCCACCAAAAAGCAGCCGGAAUACAGAUUUCUUCAAAGGGAAACCAACCCUAAGAGAGCUGACGUCCCAGCACCCAUAUGCAGAAGUGUACAUAGGGAAACCUCACGUCUGGACUGUGGAUAUUAACAAUCGGGAUGAAGUGGAAAAGGCAGUGAAAGAGAUCCUAAAUCAGAAGAAUGAGCCAUAUCUGCCCUAUGAGUUCACGUGCGAGGGGAUGCUCCAGAGGGUGAAUGCCUUCAUAGAAAAUCAGGACUUCUGUCACGGGCAGGUGAUGUGGCCGCCAUUAAGUGCACUGCAGGUGAAAUUCGCAGAACCAGGAAAGUCGUGCAAACAAGUGUGCCAGGAGGAGCAUCUAAUCUGUGAGCCUUCCUACUUCCAGCACCUCAACAGGGACACAGAUCUGGCUAAGUUUGGGGUUCACUGUCAGUCGACUGAAACUGCAAGCGACAUUGUGGUUCCCUCAUUGGAUGAGAAGAGAAAUCAUUGUGUUCUUCAAGGCGACCUACUGCUCUUCAGCUGCGCUGGGUCCAAUUCCAACCACAAACGAGUCUGCCCUUGCAGGGACUAUAUGAAAGGACAGGUGGCACUGUGUAAAGACUGCCUAUAGCAGAAUGGGACCCUCACUGGAUAAGCUAAAA